AUGACAGAAAUAAAGGAACCGCAACCUGCGGCGGAGACAGAGCCUAAGAUGCUGGCGCAAAACGAAAAGCCAUUGCCUCCGCCUCCGGUAGAUGAAAAUAAUACCUCGACGACUUCCGCCGGGGCCGGUACAUUGGAGAAAGAAAGCCCGGUAAAGUCAAGUCCGUUGCCGCAGAGACAGAGGAAGAAAAUCCCAUGGCGCGGCAAAGGAUGCAUUAUCGAUCUUCCGCUGUUUGACAAGAGAGGCACAGAGGAGUCUGGAUAUCGCCUGUUGACUGCGGAGGAUGUCAAGCAGCGUCUGAAGGAGUGGGAGGAUUUAGGGUACGACAUUCGCGGCUUCAGCGUCAACGCUCCGGAGGAUCCCUCCGAUGUGGCGCUGGGAGGUGCCAGUCGCCCAUCUUACCCUGAAGCUAGUGACAUGCAGGACGAGAUCAAGCCUGGAAGCUACACUGUCAGCUUUCCUAACAAGGCCCUUUGGGAUGAAUAUGUCAACUUCCUUCAAGAAGAGAAGCUACGGGCGCUUGGUGUGUUUGGAGGCGAGGAUGAGAUCCAACAGUCUGCUUCCCCAGCCUCGGCAAUGAACCCAAUGACUCCGUUCCCAGGUCUCGUUGCGUCUCCACCAAUCCCAACCGCAUCAGCUGCUAGCAAUGCUUUCUCCAUGCCUCAUGCUUUCUCACCCCAGCUAGCCCAGGGACCUAAUAUGCACAGUGGAAUAGCAUCUCUGGCAUCCCCCGCGUCCCAGUUCGGCGCGCAAACGCCGUUUUAUGGAGUUGACCAGGGAAUGUUGCCAGGAUAUCUUCCGUUCCAGCCUACACCUCCUGCUCAAGGCUCACUCACGCCUCAGAGUUUCAUCAACUUGCGUGGCAGCGGUCCCACAUCAACUAUUCCGGGCACCCUUUCUAGCCUCACUUCGAUGCUAUCCCCUGUUUCUCCCAUGACCGAUCAGAACGCUUUCAAUCCCGGAUACGAUCACAUGGGGCAACCAAAGGACGCCUUUGACGGCCAGAUGCACCAUGAUCCCCAGGAUCAGUAUACCCAAGAUCAUUAUCCUGAAGACCAGCUGCGGCCCCUCCGCACGCCACCUCCGAACCCUGACAACUUCCAUGCAUCCACUGUUGAAAUCGCUCAACCCACACCUCGCGGCCACAGCCGUGGUCACAACCUCAGCGAGACGCUUCAAAGGGGGAUUGACCAGAUCGCGCCUGACUAUCACCUCGAAGAGUCUAUUGAACGCGAUCUUGACAACGGUUACGGCGAUUCAUUCCAACACAACCUCGAUGCACCUGCAUUGUUGAAGUCUCAAUGGGCACUCCCAGAGAGCAACGCUCCUCAACACAUGGCUCAGCAUCUGAACCACUUUUACGGCGGUUCUUACUCCGGCGACGGUGCUCACGAUGGCUCGGAUAUCGAUACCAACCCCAGUUUGUCCGGCACGCCGCAGCGCAAUGGGUCGCUCGCACAUCACAUCCCUUGGCAUGAGUCGAAACCCAGCAUCGGAUCAUACGUUGGUGGACAUCGCUCGAAAUUGUCAACAUCAAGUCUUAACGUCGAGGCCAAGGAGUUCGCUCCCACUGGCGCACCUGCUCCUCAACCUCUGCCUUUCCAACAGCAGACUGCCUUCCAAUUCCCCACCUUGGAACACUCCGUUUUCUCAUUUGGUGCGCCGAAAGAACAACCCUCCGGUCGGCUCAAUGUCGCUGCCCCUGCAUUUACACCUGGCAGUGGAGCAACGGGCAGCAGCUUUGGUCAGGCUAUCGCUGCGCCUGUAUUCACACCUGGCAGCGGGACCACGGGCGGCAACUUUGGCCAGGACAUUGGCUCGCGUGAAUUCAAAUUCUCCGCUCCUCAAGGUCCCGCUCCUGCUCUGAAUGUCGCCGCGCCGGAAUUCAGCCCAGGCAGGACAAAGAUCUUCAACGACAUCGAUCUUUCAGAAAUGUCCAUGUCCGCGAAGAAAUCCAAGGCAGUCCCAAUCGUCCGCCCAGACGAAGAGGAAGAUGACAGAGAGCCUCAGGAAGUCAAUGACGAGCAUGGCCGGUCAAUCCCUGUUGAUCGACACAAGCGUGCCCGUCGUCGUGGCGAGAGUUCUGACGCUGAGGCCACCUAUAGCAUGCCGCACGCUCUGACGGAGGCCAAUAACUUCCAGUCACAUCCAUCGGAUGCUACUCAUGUACCUGCUGAGGGUAAAGAGAACGCUUUGCCAAACCAGGACAAGGCUCUUCCUGCGGAGCCGAAGAGUGCACUGGAGCAUACCGAGGACCCUGUUGCACGCAAGGAUACACCUGUCAGCGAAGCUUCAACAUGGGCUCCACCUGAGACCAAGGAAGAUGUGCAAGACACAGCAGAAGCAGACGAGAUUCAACAUAAGAGUCCUGAACUGCUACAAGAAGAAGAGAAGCCUGUGCCCGAGCAGGUUAAGGCUAUCGAACCAGUCGAGCGAAGCAAGCCAGUCGACGAACCCAAGCCUGAGACUGAAUCGAGAAACCUGCUUUCAGCCGCGGCAAGGUCAUUCCACUUCAAGCCAUCUACUGCUGAAUUUGUGCCGGUCACUACUGAGAAGCCGGUGCCUCCUCCCAAGGAUACACCGCCGAAGCCAAACAAGGGCCUCAUGGCUUCCCGCUAUGCCGUUGAUAGUCCACCCCCUUCACCCCCUGCCCGACAGCUAUCUACCGAAUUAUCGGCUUCUGUUGAUCUUGGUACCAAGGCCGUUGCGUCGGAAGUCGCCCACGAAUCAAAAGAACCCGAGACGCAUGUUGAGGAAGACCAGGACUCUCCGGACGAGGACGAGCUCAACGCAAUCAUGGACCAACUGAACGGCGAUUCCGACGUCGGCAUUGAGAGAUUGAGCACUCCUCACCCACAAAGCCACCUUCCCGAAACCGUACCCGGACUAUCGAAGGAGAAGCGUCAUGCUCCAGCAGACAACAGGAGCGACCCUCCGAGCCCCAGCCCCGGAAGGGGCCUCAUAUCGAAUACCCUCAACGUCCCCAAGCUCGAUUUCGAUGCGCGGUCGCAGUUCUCUGCUACUCCUACCAAGGCUCUUGCCUCCGCAGCUCACUCGCCAAUUAGGCAGUUGUUGAGCCGGAACGACCAUAUCAUCGAAAACUGGGACGACAUUAUCUCCUCUGGAGAGGAAGAUAAGCUGGCGAAUCGGAGCAGGUUCUUUGAUCGUCGUAUCAAUGAUCUUCUCGGACCUCUGAUCGAUGAGCGCAUGGGCCCUAUUGAGCACACACUAAGCUCCAUUCAGCACACUCUGAAUGCCUUGAACCCGGCUCCUCAGCAUGCUCCAGUCUGGCGGAGUGCGUCGGCCGAGGUCAUCGACAGUGAUGCUGAUGAUGAGUAUGACGAGAUUGAAGAGGACGCAUCAUACAGGACGAAAUCGCCUCUUUACCAGAGGGAGCGCAGGCUCGAGAAGUUGAAGACUAUCAUCCUGGAAGCUCUUGCUACGCGUGAAGCCCAGCCUAUCCCCGAGCCAGUCCCUACUGCGGAAUUGUUGGAACUCCGUGACAGAGUCGCUGAGAUCCACAGUCUGACAACGCAAAAGAUCUCGCAGGUUCCUGAACAGCCGAAUACCGAGCUGUUGGAGCUUCGUGACCGUGUUGCUGAGCUACACACUCUGGCAACGCAGAAACUCUCGCAGGAUACUACGGCUGAUCUCCGACAAAUGAUGCAGGAGGUCGUGGCAGGCCAGUUGAACCAGCGUUCCCGCUCAGAAGCCGAAGAGAUAGGAGCCGACAACCUGAUCCUCCAGAUUAAUGGCCUGAAGGAUAUGCUGAGAAUCACCGACGAGCGCGCCGAGGAAGAGUACAAGAAGCGCAAAGAAGCGCAGGAUACGAUUGCAGACCUCCAGCGUCACUUGAAAGCCGUCGAAGAGGAUGCCGCUCGCCACAGCGCUGCCGCUGAAUCCGCCGAAGCCCGACUCCUACAACUCCAAGAGGAGAAGAUGCCAUACUUUGAGAAUGUCCGACAGAGAGCCGAGGCUCUCGAGAAGGAACGCGAAAGCACGAGGCUUACACUCGACGAGCUUUCUUCCAAGAACAUCACCUUGCAAGGCACGCUUGACGAGUACCGGUCUGCUGCUGAUGACGCCAAGCGAGAAGCCGUAGAGGCGAAGGAUCAGUUGGAGGAGGCCAAAGCUGCUAACCACCAGCUGCGCAAUACUGUCGCUAGCAUGGCGACGCGUAUUGAAGACGGUCUCAACAUUCGCCAGAACCUCAGCGCUAAACUUGAUCAAGUCCAGGAUCAGAUGGCUGCGGUGAUUGGAGAUGUUGCGAAAGAUCAGGCCGCUUGGCGUCGCAAGGAAGAGGAGCUCAAUGCCAAAUACAACGAACUGCGCGCGUCGCAUAACCGCGAGACGAAGCUGCGUGAGCAACUAGAGAUGGACAUUGCCAAGCUGGAAGAGCAGGAGCGAGAAGCCGCGAAACUCAAGUUCAUCUUCGGCCAGUCGCAGCAGGAAAAUGCUCGCCUCGAAGAGUUUGUCAACGAGCUCAAGCAGAAGAACCAUGAACUGGACCUCAAGGCGGCUCACUUUGAGCGCGAGUUCAACGAGGCCCGCGAGAGCAGCAGAGCCGAGAUCCAGCGCACACGGACGUCACUCGAGACGGAGAUUGAUGCUGCCAACACCCAAGUCAAUAUUGUUCGUGCUGAACUGGAAACUCAGAUUGUUCGCCUGCAGACACAGCUUGAGAAUGUAAGGCUCGACACUGACACGGCCAAGGAACGUUACGAGCUGCUUCUUGAAGAAGCGCAGGAGACACGGGCCAACGCUGUUCGCGCAGCCAUCGAGUCCAAAGAUCUUGCCAUGGAAGAGCAGCGGAAAUCGCAUGAGCGCGUUCUCAAUGACCUCCGCGAACGCCACGCCCGUGCUUUGCACAACUCGUCCGAGGAUAGACAGCGCAUCGAGUCUCAACAUGUCGAGCGACUGGCAUUCUCGGAUGAGAAGAUCCAGCAUCUCCAAGAGCGCGUUGCGCAUCUGGAAGAGAAGCUCGAAAUCACGCAAUCUGCUGCCCGCGCCGCUGCCGAAGCCGCACAGUCGGCCAAGGCUGCCGCUCCUGCCGGAGCUUCGCACGCAAGCUCUCCCUCAUUAUCGUUUAGCAAGGGAUCGUCUGUACCGGAGAAGAUCUCACCUCAAGCGUUGCGAGAAUCGAUUCUCGUCCUGCAAGACCAGCUCCAGCAGCGUGAGACUCGCAUCGACGAGCUUGAGCAUGAACUCUCCACCGUCGACAAGGAGGCCCCGAACAAGCUCAAGGAGAAGGACACCGAGAUCAACUGGCUUCGCGAGCUUCUUGACGUUCGUGUCAACGAUCUGCAGGAUAUUAUCAACACGGUGUCGCAGCCGUCUUUCAAUCAGCACUCUGUCCGUGACGCUGCCAUUCGCCUAAAGGCCAACCUGCAAAUGCAGCAGCAGGAGAAAGAGCGGGCUAUGAAUGGGCAAAGCUUCCCCAACUUUCCCUCUCUUGCUGAUAUAACUGCAUCUCCACGAGCCUUGCCUCUUGCGGCCGCUGCUGCCUGGGGUAACUGGCGCAAGGGACGAGACAAUUCGUCGAACUCCUCCGAGCAGACGCCAUCCAAGUCGAGCCCUGCAAGCACUUUUCUCUCGGGUCUUUUGACCCCGCCCAGUUCGAACGCUCGACAAACAGGUCCCAAUGGCAGCGCAGCACCCGCCCCAAGUUGGCGACGACCGUCAGAGUCUCGGCCGCUGAAGAGCUACAGCAACACUACUCCACGACCGCUCUCUUCACGGGCCGCCGGCAAGAUGCGAGAACCGCCAACUACCCCGCCUCUCCUGCGAAGAUCAAGCUACGAUCAUGACGCCGAGCCGGCCGAUUACUCGCAGCCCGCAUUCGAAGAGGAAGAUGAGAGCACGGCGGACGGCCUCGUUUCUGCGUCUCCCAAGGAUCUCGCAGACGGUCCCUUUGGACCUCAAAUAGUAUGA